AUGGCAUUAUCAUAUAAACUCCAACUUGUCUAUUAUUUUAUUAUUGCCCUCACGGGUCUUAUUGGUAAUACAACAACAAUUAUUGUUUUUGCACAACGACGUUUACGUUCAUUACGUUCAUCAUUUUUUCUUACUUGUCUCGCUGUUACUGAUCUUGUAUUUAUAUUUAUACUUAUCGUUGCUUUACUUGAUGAAUUAGAUGCACCAGUUAUGACUGUACCUGUUUGUAUGUUAACAAUUUAUUUAAGUCAUAUAGCAUCAUUUUUAUCAUCAAAUUUUACAUUGGCUUAUACAACACAUCGUCUUAUAGCUGUAUUAUUUCCAAUAAAAGCAACAACUUUUUUAAAACAACGUACAAAUCGUAUAUUAGCAUUAACAUUAUUAAUAUUUGCUUGUGUAUUUUAUUCAUUAUCAUUUUCUGUAACAACAACUAAAUCUCGUACAAAUUCAACAAAUAUUGUUCAUUGUGAAGAAGAUCGAAAUAAACCAUUAUUAUUUCCAUUUCUUGUUUUGGAUACAUUAUUUACAUUUAUUAUACCAUUUUCAUCUAUUUCAGUGAUGAAUUUAACUAUUGUAUAUAAACUUCAAACAAAAUUAACAUACAAACAUCAAUUAUCAACAUCAGGUUCACCAACACCAAUUGUUAAUACAUCAACAAAAUCAUCAAGUAAUUCAUCAGGUUCAUCACUUACGGAAAACAUUCAAAUAUCUCAAGUAAAUAAUGAUAAUGGUAUUAAUAAUAAUAAUAAUGCUAUUGCUAAUGAGUCUCAUCGUCUUUUACGGCACCAAAAUCGAUCGUUUUUAUGUGUUCGACCAAUUCAACGAUACAGACGAAUAAAUAAUCGUUUAGCACCUUAUCAUCCAAGACAAAAACAUACAUCAUUAUAUCAUAAGAAUACAUCAAUUCAUAUUCGUUCAACACAAUGUCGAGGAACAGCAUCAACUAAAACAACUAAAAUGUUGUUAGCAGCUUCAACUGUAUUUCUUGUCUUUAAUUUACCUUAUCAUUUACUAUUAUUCUGUUUUUUAUUUAUUAAAACACAACCAUCAUGGAUGCUCGAUGCAGUUAACAUAGCUCGUCUUUGGUUUUUUGCAUCAUUUUGUGUCAAUUUUUUUGUUUAUGCUAUAUGUGGUCAACGAUUUCGUAAUGAAGUUGUUCGUCUAUUCUGUUGUUCAUUUAAUCAACGUUGUAUUGAAACGUACAAUCAAAAGAAAUUACGAGAACGUCAAAAUAGUAUUUAUCUGAGUCAUCGUUUAUUACCCAUUUCAUCGUCACGAUAUUCACAUUCGAACUAA